GAGACGGUCGACAUUGUUGUAGAUAUUGCAGAAUAACCCUCCUCUGUCGAUUGCCUCGAUUUUGCGGAUUUAUUGGUGCUUGGGGUUCCCCCGGAUUGCCCCUCGAUCAACCCCCAUGGUGCUCCUAUGUGUGUCUGGAGAGCGGCUCCGCUAGUAUCGCUUUCCCUUCCCAUUCUCGACGACAACCGCUCGCGCAUACCAAAAAGUCGAGCACUUCACCAUCACGGCCUGCACGCCAACCCAUCGAGAAACCAUCGGAAAUCCGCGGUACGGGGUGCCCCAAUGAAGGACAUUCAUUAGAGGCCACUUUGAGGACGAGCAGACGCUUUUACGAGGCUUCGUGCUUUGUCGCGAUUACCAUCCUUCCGCGCUCGUCUCCGCGCUCGUGCGCGUAUGGGAGGGGGAGAUGUCGUCGAGACCUGGUCCCUCUGGCCCAACCAUUCCCAUCGGUCAGCAAUCAUGGCUCCCUCCAGCUCACCUGGCGCAUCCCAGCAAGAGCUUUCUCCAGCGCGACGCGACGCCGACCAGAUCGCAUACCCCCAAUCUCUUCGACGAUGCCACAGUGGCUGAACCGGCCGCCGUACCAUAUGAUGGAGACAAUUCGGACGAGGACGAGCAUCAGCGGGCCUUGUUCAAGGAGCUCUACCGGCGCAGCGAGGCCAAGAUAGCCGCGCUGUUUGGGGGCGGCCGUGCCGACGAGCAGACUCCGCGCGAGGACGACUUGGCGCAGCCUGGUCAAUUGGGCGAUGAAGUCAACGCGGCCGAGCGACCCAAAGAACAAGCCCCCAAGAAGUCGGCGCGAACGAUUGAUGAAGAUAACUACGACGACGAUGACGACGACGAAGACGAUGAAGAUGGCGCGCAAGCGUCCCCGCUCAAGAGCAAGGGCAACAACGCCCUCUUAUCUCCUUCGAAAUCACGCAGUUCUCCCGUCUCGUCCGAUGUCUCUCCAACCAAACAAGGCGAGUCGGAGAAGGAAGAUGCAUCGCAGGAGCAACCCAAGUCAUCCGAAGACGCGCGAAAACAGCUGGAGGAGGCAAAGAAGGCCACUGAGGAGGCCGCCAAGCGCUCCUUCCACACCCUGUUCUACACGCUGGAGAAUGAUCGAAUUGCUAUGCUGGAGCAGCAGAAGCUGGAGGAAUCCGAGAAGCAAAUCGAUGCGGAGAUGGAUAAUAAUGGCAAUACUAGUAAUGGGAACGCUAACGGCGAGCACCACGGUACAUUGAGUAGUGCCAACCUGGGCGCAUCAAGCCUGACGCUGAAGCAUCUCAUUGCACGGAUUGACCUGAAGCGCGAGAAGGUCCGGGCAUCAGAUGCUGAGCUGCGGUCUUUGAUGAACGAGGUCCGGAAGAAUAGGAGUAAAUGGGCAAGCGAAGAGAACGUUCACCAGGAGGAGCUUUAUGAGGCUGCCGAGAAGGUCUUGAGUGAACUCAAGGCGAUGACAGAGUACUCUGCUCCCUUUCUGACGCGGGUGAACAAGAGAGAAGCCCCUGACUACAAUAACAUUAUCAAACACCCCAUGGAUCUUGGGACUAUGACCAAGAAGCUCAAGACGCUCACAUACAAGUCAAAAGCGGAGUUUGUUGCUGACCUCGACCUCAUCUGGUCCAAUUGCCUAAAGUAUAAUGCGGAUGUGAACCACCCGUUACGGCGCAACGCCAAUGCGAUGAGAAAGGAGGCGGAGAAGCUAGUCCCUCUGAUUCCUGAUCUGGUUAUCCGACCUCGUGCAGAGGUUGAGGCUGAAGAGCGCCGGAAGCAGAAUGGUGGCGAAGACGAUGCAGUGGACGACAGUGACGAUGAGCCCAUCAUGUCUUCCAGAGGACGUAAAACAGGCGCUAAGGGAUCCUCCAAGGCACGGAAGAAUGCUCCGGGCCGCGAAGAAGGGACGCCCGGUGUGGACCAGAAGCCGACACUUCAGCUUAAUGGUCUCGUUGGCAACCUCGGUCCGGAGGGCUCAGAUGCCGGUAUCGAUGGCAGCAAUGGGUUUGGAACGCCGCCAGUUGGAGGACAUGACUCUGUAACCCCUGCUGGUAUGCCCGGCGUACCUGGCAGCCAAGCUGAUGGAAUGGAUCUAGACGGGCCGUCGAUAAACGGGCUGUCUUUAGGCCAGAGCGAUGUUCGAGAAGAUGAAGAGUACAAGAUCUGGAAACAAGUGACGAAGAAAGAUCGUGCCUUAGUAGCAAAGGAACGCAAUCGACUUUUCAAAGGCGACAGACUUAAUCCUGAUGAGCCCGCUUUACUUCGAACCAAAGCUGGUAUGAGGAGGUGGCUCCGUCAACAAAAACAAGCCCAGGAAACCCCACGCUCAGACGGUGCAGUCAAGAACACCGCUCAGGAGACAUUAGCCGAGAGAAUGGAGGGUGAAGACGAGAUAGCUCUCCCUGACUAUUAUGAUACCUUAUCAGCUAUUCCCGACAUCCCUGCCCGACUCCAGUGGGUGGAAGAUGCUGAGGGCAAUGUCAUCGAUAGGGCAGAAGAAUGCCUCCGCGUUGUCCCUCCCGGCCACUUCACCGCACCCAAAAGCUUUCUGACUGCAAAAGUUGAAGCAAAUAUGAGGCAGAUGCAGGAGACGAGGAAGCUUUGCUCUAAGAUUGGCGUCAUAAAGCAGAUGCAACUUCAAGCGCAGAUGUACAAUAAUCAGUUUCCUAAGUAUGAGCCUGAGCCAUUCGUUGAGGCGGAUAUUGAACCUCACGUUACAUCUGACGAUGGACCUAUAAUGUCCACUUGGGUUUGCAAGGCUGCGUUAUCGCGGUCAGUUGCUAAGCUUUGUUACCAUGCCGGUUUCGAAGAACUCCAGCCUUCCGCGUUAGACGUCAUAACGGAUAUUGCUGGGGAUUUCUUUGGAAAGCUUGCUCGGACGUUCAAUGUCUACCGCGAAGCUCCCAAAGUACCAGCAACGAAUCCCGAGAGUGGAAAGAGAUUUCAGGAACGUUUCACGAAUGAAGAAAUCCUCCUCCAUAGUCUCAACGAAAACGGUCUCGACAUUGAGAGCCUCGAAAGCUAUGUCAAGGAUGAUGUCGAGCGACUUGGUGGCAAACUUGGCGUCAUGCACGAGCGCAUGAAGGCUCAUCUCUCGGACCUCCUGCGUCCUGCUCUAACAGAUGCAGGACCCGAUGGAUCUGGAGCCUUCGACGACGGCAGUGAGCAGUUCGUGGGAGGUGAUUUCGCUGAAGAACUAGGUGAAGAUUUCUUCGGUUUUAGGUCGCUUGGCUUGGACGCUGAAUUCGGAAUGUCGAGUCUGUCUGUGCCCUUACAUCUUAUCAACACCAGACUGCACAAUACAUACGCUGGACCUGUCGCAGCGGCGCCGACGACCGAAAUAUUCCCACCUCUUCCUCCCCUGGAGCCGGUUACCAAGGAAAACCUCCAAGAUCAAAUCGGCCUUGUUAGGAACUUCUUCCUCGCGAAAUUGCACGCAAACAAUGAUGAGCCUUUGCUGGAAGAUGAAGAGCUGCCGGUCAAGCAACGUCCGUCCCGGCCUCGUCUCGGCCCAACGGGCAAGAUCACCAGUCCCCGCAAACGGCCCAUCAAAGAACAGGGGGGCAACGCCAAGAAAAAGAAAAAGCUUGAAAACGGUGUGGUCAUAGAUCCAGCUUCUGGCCCCAAAACUGGCGUGAACGGCGGUAGCCCGAAUUCCAAAGCCAUCACACCGGCCAACACACCGGCGAAGAAAUUGAAGCCGAGCUUACCGAACGGAGGAGCGGUAUCUAUGGAGAGUGUGGAGAGUAGUCAAGGCAAUGUCAGCCAGACAGAAAAAGAUGAUGCUUCUGCCGUGGGUAUGAUGAGUCCCGAGAGCAUCGAACGGUAACCACAUCAUAAACGGGGGAAAGAGGUGGAGAUUUACAUAAAAAGCAACUCGUAUUAGAAGGAUAGGCGUUCCCAGGACAGUCACUCGAUUCAGCCAUCUCGAGAUCCAGUCUUUUCCUGGCUUCACGCUCGUUUUCUGAGUGACUGGGAAGUGUAUAUGGGCUGGCAGAGACGGGGUUCGGGUUGCAUUACCUACUUAAUUUCGGAUUCAGUCGCACGUGUACUACGAGGGACAAGAGAGGUCUGGUAUUGGCGUUUGGGAACGGCAUGCAUGUAUGGCUGGUGGGGAUCAGAGGGAAGAACAAUUGCAUUCAUGAAUAUUAACUGAAACUACUGAAUUGAGAUGAGGAAGAACGGGGGUUGCGCACUCAGUGGUAGCCGCGAGGCAGAGAACCAAAGAAUGCAAAGUGAAAUAGGAGGAGGGCGGAUGAUCUGACGAAUGGCUGUGUUUCAAGUGUACCUU